AAAAGUUUUAGUGGAAAGGAUUUAUGUGUGUGUGAUAUGGAGUCAUUUCAGAAAGUGGAGAAGAUUGGAGAGGGAACAUAUGGAGUGGUGUAUAAAGCUAAAAACAAAAUCACAGGCGAAACCGUGGCUUUGAAGAAAAUCCGACUGGACACGGAGACUGAAGGUGUUCCAAGUACCGCCAUUCGAGAAAUCUCCCUGCUGAAGGAACUCAAUCACCCCAAUAUUGUCAAGCUGCUCGAUGUCAUCCACACAGAGAAUAAGCUUUAUCUUGUGUUUGAAUUUCUUCACCAAGACCUCAAGAAAUUUAUGGAUUCGUCCUCAGUCAAUGGCAUUUCACUUCCUCUGGUGAAGAGCUACCUGUUCCAGCUGCUCCAGGGUUUGUCUUUCUGUCACUCUCACCGGGUUUUACACAGAGACCUGAAACCUCAAAAUCUGCUCAUUAAUGCCCAAGGAGAAAUUAAACUGGCCGACUUUGGCUUGGCCAGGGCUUUUGGUGUGCCUGUGCGCACAUACACGCAUGAGGUUGUGACUUUGUGGUACAGAGCACCAGAAAUUCUACUGGGCUGUAAAUAUUAUUCCACAGCUGUUGACAUCUGGAGUUUGGGCUGCAUUUUUGCUGAAAUGAUUACACGAAGGGCGCUCUUUCCUGGAGAUUCAGAAAUUGAUCAGCUGUUCCGGAUUUUCCGAACCCUCGGCACUCCUGAUGAGACUGCGUGGCCUGGAGUGACUUCGAUGCCUGACUACAAGCCUUCUUUCCCCAAGUGGGCACUGCAGGACCUGUCCAAAGUUGUGCCACCUCUGGAUGAUGAUGGCAGAGACCUUCUCGCACAAAUGCUAAGAUAUGACCCCAACAAAAGAAUCUCAGCCAAGAACGCCCUUGUUCAUCGAUUCUUCCGUGAUGUGACCAUGCCCAUGCCUACUUUGAGGCUUUGAGCUGUGUCUGUGACUGGCAAGGGUCGUACAGGCAGAGCAAUCACAUUCAUCAUAUCUUCUUCCUGAGGACAUUCUUCCCCUAACUCGGAGACUGUCAGCCAGUUGCAGUCAAUGUGGUGCCUUUUAUAUACCAGGGUUUAGAUAAAGUUGAAGUAUUGUGGUGUUUAUAGGCACAGUGCUCUCAUCUGUUCAGAUUACGUACUAUGUUAUUGUAUGUUCUGCAGUCUGUUCUUCUGGAAGGUGACAUUCCUUAACUCUGUAAACUGCUUGUUCAGGACUUAGUUGACUAUCUGUUAUAUAAAAAAAAAAAUCUCUUCAUUAAGAGUCAUUUGAUGCACCAGCAUAAAAAUAUUUAUUUUGGAUUGCCAAAAAUUGUCACUUUUGAUAGUUCUGAAUAUUUUUUGUAAUUGGUGAUUUUAUGCCUUUUUAGGCAGAUUUUAUCCUUGUUUGAUAAUUCUACAUAAAACUAAGACAAAAAAAUGACGUUUGUUUUAAUUUUUAAUGAGUAUUAAAUGCCUGACAAACAAACAAA